AUGUCGAUAAAGACAGUUGCAGCAGACGUCGACAAGUUGAAGCAUCGCGCCUUCCGUGUUGGUAAAGGAGUGUUUGUAGUGUUUGUAGUGUUUGGUAUAUUUGCAUUGUUUGCAUGUUUGCAUCGGAAGGUAGCGGCAGAAAAUAGCCCCUCCAUGAAAUAUUGUGGGAGACAGAGAAGCGCAUCCGUCGAGCCUACCUUGGAGACCGGUCUGAUAGCGUCGAUCAUGGCGAAUCCCUGCACCCCGAUCCUGCCGAUUCCCGGCAAGCGCAACAUCCUCAUCACCAGCGCCCUGCCCUAUGUCAACAAUGUCCCGCAUCUUGGCAAUCUGGUGGGGAGUGUGCUGUCCGCCGACGCCUUUGCUCGGUUUUGCAAGGCACGGGGGUUCCAGACGCUGUAUAUCUGCGGAUCUGACCAAUACGGUACGGCGACCGAGACCAAGGCGCUGGAGGAGGGGGUAGACCCCGCGACGCUGUGUGCGAAAUACCACGCGAUCCACAAAUCGAUCUAUGACUGGUUCAAGAUCGAGUUCGAUAUCUUCGGACAGACGCCCACCGCCCAGCAGACGGAGAUUGUGCAGACGGUGUUCCGCGGCCUGUGGGAGAACGGGUUCAUCGAGGAGCAGGAGACCACACAGCCCUUCUGUCCGACCGAGUCCCACGCAAGCUUUCUGGCAGACCGAUACGUCGAGGGAGAAUGCAGUAUAUGUCAUGACCUGGGCGCCCGUGGCGAUCAGUGCGACAAGUGCGGCAACCUGCUGGACCCCUUUGAGCCGGAGUCGGACAAGGCGGAUCUGAAGGAGCCCGGCACAGACCAGAACGUGACGCAGCCUACACAGGAGGAAGAUGUGGUUUCCAAGGCGACGGGGUGGCUGAUCAACCCGCGGUGCAAGCUGGACGGGGCGACACCCGAGAGACGCAAGACGAAACAUCUGUACCUGCGUCUGGAUCUGCUGAAGGACAAGAUUGUCCCCUGGUUCGAGAAGGCCAGCAAGGAGGGCGAAUGGAGCGCCAACUGCAUUGCCAUUGUGCAGUCGUGGAUCGACAAGGGCUUGAAGCCCCGCGGGAUCACGCGCGAUCUCAAAUGGGGUGUGCCGAUUCCGACGGACGUGGAGGGGUUGAGCGAAGAGGAAUACAGGAACAAGGUCUUCUACGUGUGGUUCGACGCCUGUAUCGGGUACGUGUCGAUCACCAAGAACUACACCGACGGCGAGGAUCUGUCGGGCACCAAGUGGGAGCAGUGGUGGAAGAACCCGGACGACGUUUCUCUGUACCAGUUCAUGGGCAAGGACAACGUUCCCUUCCACACGAUCAUCUUCCCCGGCUCGCAGCUGGGCACGGGCCAGAAAUGGACGCAGGUGCACAAGCUGUCGGCGACCGAGUAUCUGAACUACGAGGGGGGCAAGUUCAGCAAGUCCAAGGGGGUUGGCGUGUUCGGCACUAACGCCAAGGACACGGGGGUGGACGCGGACAUCUGGCGGUUCUACCUGCUGUCGCGCCGGCCGGAGACCAACGACUCGGAGUUCAAGUGGGAGGAAUUCAUCAGCACGAACAAUAACGAUCUGCUGAAGAACGUGGGCAACCUGGUGCAGCGGGUGAUCAAGUUCUGCCAGGCCAAGAUGGGCGGCGUGGUGCCCGACUACACCAAGUAUACCAGUGAGGGGUUGGAGGAGCACAAGAAGCAAGCCAACGCCCUGCUCAAGAGCUACCUCGACAACUUCGAGGCCAUGAAGAUGCGCGCCGCGCUGUCGGAUGUUCUGCACAUCUCCGCCCUGGGCAACAAGCUGCUGCAGGACAACAAGCUGGACAACCGCCUGUUCACCGAAGAGCCCGACCGGUGUGCGGCCGUGAUCGGUCUGGCCUUGAACCACCUGCACCUGCUCGCCAGCGUGCUCGCGCCCUACAUGCCUGGCACUGCCGAGUCGAUCCUGCAGCAGCUGGGCGCGGACCCUACGCCGCUCAUCCCGGACACGUUCGACCCGACGCUUCUGGCCCCUGGCCAGGCGAUCGGCGAGCCCAAGCUAUUGUUCCAGACCAUCCCUACCGCCAAGCUGGAUGAAUGGCGCGAUGCUUUUGGUGGCGAGGAGCUGCAGAGGCAGAAACGCCUGGAGGCCGAGAAGGCGGCUGCAAAGAAAGCGGCCAAGGAGCGCGAAAAGGAGCGCAAACGCCAGAAGAAAGAGGCUGCCGCUGCGGCCGCUGCCUUGGAGAAAGUCAAGCUGGACAACUAGACUUUUUUUCAUCUUCCUUUCCUUUUAAAUUGAUUUCAAUAUGUUUCCUGGUUUAACAUCUCGGCUGGUUUUGCGUUCAACACGUGCAUUAUACAUUGAGAUUACGAAUACAUGUUCGGUGAUAGUUGCAACUGGUAUACUGUCACAAUACAAGCAAGGGCAUCAAGACAGAGUAUUAGAGCAUUCAACGAGCGAACCGGCUCAGCCGGUAUAAACAAUGAAAGAUAUCCAUGCUCAUGGGUCAUGACAGCUACACACCGUCAGUACAUAUACGUCAAGUACAGAUAUGAGGGAAUACUCACUCAACACAUAUCCGCCGUGUUCCGCUUCUCUAUCCUGCGCGACUCGUAGACCAGAGCAUCUAUAUUCCGCUCUCGUACUUCGCGCAUAUAGCCCUUUUGUUCAUGACUCGGCUGGGGGAAGACGUCUUCCGUGGG